GGCAAAUGAAUAGGAAAAUGCAAAAAGGAAACAAAUGGAACAGAAAAAACAGAUAAUAAUGAAGAGAAAAUACAACGAAAAUAAAAAGUUAAGAAUAUGUACUUGGAACAUAAGAACAAUGCUAAUAAAAAGUAAAAUGGAGCAGGUAGCGGGGGAAAUGAGAAGAUAUGGAAUACAAAAUAUUGGCCACACAAGAGGUUAAGUGGAAAAAAGAAGGAAAAAAAGACAAAAACGAAUAUACAGUAUAUUAUGGAGUUAAAAAAAAGCAAGGCAGGAAUGGUACAGCAUUUAUGGUUAGUAACCGCGAAAUUAAGAAAUUAAAAGGAAAAAAAGCAAACAUGGCCAUAAUAAAUGUAUAUUCUCCAACUGAGGACUCCAGUGAUGAAGAAAAACAAAUAUUUUACGAAACAAUAGAAAAAGCUUGUGUAAAAAUACCGAAACAUGACACCCUUAUUAUAUUGAGAGAUGUUAAUGCCAAAAUAGGAAAGGAGAAAUUUUUAAUGAAUGUAGCGGGAAAAUAUACGAUAAACCAGGAGUCAAAUGAUAUAUCAUUUGACUUCUGGUUUAUCGUAUAUUAUAAUGGAACGAGGUUAUGUUACCUGGCAUCAGAGAAGAAUAUGUUAAUUGAAUGCACAAGAAGAACAUAA